GUGUGAUAUARACAUGCUAAUAUUGUCACGGUUUAUUGGACGUUAGAAAUGACUCAAAUAUGAACAARGCUUUAAUUUUUACGAGGUUUAACCCAGGUAGAUGUGCUGGAUUUUAUCGAUUGAGCCAUUUAUGCAGAGCAAAAUCCAGUGUAAGGKCUGUGAGAUGGAAAACUUCACAAACUCAAGUUAGCAAAGGAGUUUCAAGAGUAUGGUACUGGUCUCUACCUUUUGCUGUUGGUGUUGGGUAUUCAGUAUAUAUUGCAAAGCCUUGGGAUGUUGUGAGAAGACGAAAACUAAGAGUCGGAGUUGAAGGAAUUGGUCGAUUUUUUAGAUCAUUUUACAUUGGACUGUCAAUAUCAAUAGACUACUGGUGGUCACUGCAUGGAUUAGACCCUGAGGGAGAAGCAUAUAAAAAGGCUAUCAAUGAGUGCCAUCAAAGAGCAGCUGAUCAUAUUGUCAUUGGUGCUAUACUAAAUGGGGGACUUUAUGUCAAACUUGGACAAGGAUUGGCUUGCUUCAAUCAUAUUCUGCCCAGCCAAUAUACUGAUACUCUACAGGUCCUUAGAGAUCAGGCACUGAGACGUCAAAUAGGAGAGGUGGAUCAGCUGUUUUUAGAAGAUUUUGGUAAAACAGCAAAAGAAAUGUUUGCUGAGUUUGAUGAGAAUCCAUUGGCUGCAGCAAGUCUUGCYCAAGUGCACAAGGCUAAGACUCAUGAUGGGAAACCACUGGCUGUGAAGGUGCAGUACAUAGAUCUAAGAGAUCGUUACGAUGGCGAUUUAUGGACACUAAARGUUCUUCUUGAUGUGAUUGGGUGGAUGCAUCCAAUGUUUACUUUUGCUUGGAUUUUGGAUGAUAUGAAAGACACUCUCAGACAAGAGCUGGACUUCGAGCUCGAAGGGCGGAAUGGAGAGAGAUGYUCCAAGGAGCUUGCUCACCUUGGAUUCGUACAUGUACCCAAGAUAUACUGGGAUAUGACCAGUAAGCGAGUUCUAACAACCGAAUUUAUUGAUGGAUGUCGAGUUGAUGAAGUCGAUAAAAUAAAGGCUGCUGGUCUUGAUGUUAGUGAUGUUGCUGCCAAGAUGAUCAAAGCUUUUGGAGUACAAAUAUUCCAUACUGGGUUUUUACACGGGGACCCUCACGCAGCUAAUGUUUUUGUGCGUCAAGGAAAGGACAAGAAGGCAGAACUAGUGAUAUUAGACCAUGGUCUUUAUGAACACCUAGAAAAAAGGGAUCGCAUCUCCCUCUGCAAGCUAUGGAGAUCAAUUCUUCUGAAUCAACAGGAUAAAAUGAAGUAUUAUAGUCAAGAGCUUGGCGUAGAUGAUUAUGAAAACUUCACGCAGAUCUUACUCCAACGACCGUUCGCUUGGGGUAGUGCAGGUGCACUCUUUACAACAAAGGUCACUGAAGAAGACUUCAAGAUUAUGACUAAACUGGCGCAGGGACACUUUGAAAGAGUAAUCAAAAUACUGAAACAACUACCAAGGACAAUGUUACUAGUGUUCAGGAAUCUCAACACAGUACGAGCAGUAAAUGACGAUCUAGGUGCACCGGUCGACCGCUUUGUGAUCAUGGCCAAAUGUGCCAUAUGUGGAUGCAAUGAGAAAGUAGCUGACAGGUCUUUCACAGCCAAAAUAAAAACGUAUUGGGAAACUAUUGCAUUCGAUGUUAGAAUACGGUACCUGAGCCUAAGAGCGUGGUUAGUAGAGCGUUACAUUCUGUUUCUUCAGUAUCUUGGUCGAGCUCCAAUUGAAAUGACAGAUCUCACAUCAAAACUUAGAACUUUAGAAGACUUAGACCGAAAAACCGCCAAAGAAGAAGAGAUCUCGACCCGAUUAGGGAUAAAAUUACAACUAAGUGAACGGUGGAGAAUCCGAGCCGACACAGCGAAUGUUUGGUUCUUUCACAUAAUGGGAGGAGGUUACACUUUACCGGCACAAGACAUCGAGUAAGAUUUUAUUUGAUGAUGGUUAUGGUGGCGUUUUUCCUUGAAGUGCAAGAUAAGAUGGUGAGAUCACCUAAAGUCCAUUUUAUUAAAAGAUUAUAAACCCUGCAAAAAAGCAUAAUUGUAAGAGAUACAGUCAGUGUUAUAUAAUCAAGGUGAAUGCAAAUAAUGGCGAUCCUGUUUCUGAUUGGACGAUUUCAAUUUUGAUUUUCCUCAUUAGUUACUUAUACUAUUUAAUAAUGCGUAUUGAUAAUUGAUAAUUGCUUAUGGUCUACCAGUCAAAUGAAUGUUCGUGUUGUUUGUUUUUUUUUGUUUUUUGUUUUUAUAUUUUUGUUGUUGUUUUGUUUUGUUUUGUUUUUUUUGUUUGGUUUUUAAUUUAACCAUAUAUUUUCUAAUUGUUUACUUUGGUAGUCACACAGUAUGCAUGUCGUAACUUGUUAUGGAUUUGCUUGUCAAACUACCUGCUGGUUUGCUAAUCCGCCUUAACAUAAUAUAUAAAUGUACUGAUAGCGGUCCAAACUAAUGGCCAUUCAACUGACAAUGUCUGACAAAAAGUAACAUUUGUCCAACCAAUCACCUCUUAGCUAUUCAAAGUUGAUCAGUCCUAAAUGUUUAUCUUUCUAUCUUCAUUCUUUUGAGCAUACACGCAAGGCUACCACUUGGACAGUCCUCCGGUUUUUAGGAAAUGUGGUCCGGUAUUUUAUUUACUUGUUUAAUAAAUAUUUUUUUACGAGGGGGAAAAAUGAUUCUGAAGGUAAAAGGUGGUGUGGUUAAAACCGGGCCAACCGUACUGGUUGCUACGGUCCUGACAUGCGACUUUCUCGUUGACUGAUUUCGUUUAUAAAGCUAAAACAUAAGACAAACGUCUUCGUUUUUUUUUGACAUUUUUAUCUCUUUAUCCUUAACGAAGCAAUAGCAAUGUACGUCUCGUCGAUAUCCCUCGAAGCAUUCGUAAAUAAACAACGAAAUAAUGAACGAAA